GAGAGAGAGAGAGAAAGAAAAGAGAGAGAGAGAAAGAGGUGCAGACAGAGGAGGGGGAGGAGAUAAUUCUCGCGCACACAGAUGCGAACCGCGGACACUGAUGUGAAGCAGAGUCGUUCCGUUUGAGGGUACCGGUUCUCGACUGGUUUAGGUCUAAGCUCAGACAGCUUAGACUUGGCUGGCAGCAGGAUGAUGUACUCACCGGACAAGAUGAUGGGGAGCAAGGGGCUCCACGGGGCACCGAUCACGGCCCCUGGCUGUCCCUUCGGAAGGUAUUCGCCGCCUCCUUAUCGCGCCGCACCGGACCCCAUGCCGCCACCGCCGCGACGCUGUAUGCCCAAUCCUACAAGUCGUAUAUUGGAAGACGCCUCCAUUAUGUGCAAUUCCUGGUCACCGAGGCAUAACGGUGACUUAUUCGGGGGUCUGAACAGCGGUCUACAAGACGGCUUACUUUCGAGGGCGGAAGCUUUGGCGGCGGAUUUGGGAAAACACAACGCGGGCACCCCAAUGCCUUUGAAGCACGACCCUGUUUCGGUCUAUCAUCAUGGAGCCCACAUGCCGACCCCCCAUCCGAAUAACCGGCCGCAUCAUCAGGUACAUUCACACCUCUUUAUGAGCCAUCCGGGGAUGGAGAGUCUGGACAUGCUGGACCCGGCCAACUCGAUGACCACGUUGACGCCCAUGUCGGAGAACACGGGCGGCGGGCCGGGCCAUCACACGGGUAUCCACGGCCCCUCGGUUUACGGUGGUAUGAACGGGAUGAUGGGGCACCACCACCAUCACGGGAACCUCGGGGGCGGGGGAGGCAGCGUGCCGCAUCCGGCGCACCAUCAUCCGGCGAUGGCCGCGGCGGCGGCGGCGGCCGCGGCGGCCGGCCUCCACCCGGACGCGGACACCGAUCCCAGAGAGUUGGAGGCGUUCGCGGAGAGGUUUAAGCAGAGGCGCAUCAAGCUGGGCGUGACGCAGGCCGACGUGGGCAAGGCGUUGGCGAAUUUGAAGUUGCCCGGGGUGGGCGCGCUCUCCCAGUCGACGAUAUGCCGAUUCGAGUCCCUCACCCUUUCCCACAACAACAUGAUCGCGUUGAAACCGAUCCUCCAAGCGUGGCUCGAGGAGGCGGAGGCGCAGGCGAAGAACAAGAGGCGGGAUCCGGACGCGCCCUCGGUACUCCCCGCGGGCGAGAAGAAGAGGAAGAGGACGAGCAUAGCCGCCCCCGAGAAACGGUCGCUCGAGGCGUAUUUCGCCGUCCAGCCGCGGCCGUCCGGCGAGAAGAUCGCCGCGAUCGCCGAGAAGCUCGACCUGAAGAAGAACGUGGUCAGAGUGUGGUUCUGUAACCAGCGGCAGAAGCAGAAGCGCAUGAAAUUCGCUGCCCAACAUUGACCCGAGGGUGGCUUGUGACAGCAAAACUGACCGUACCAGUUGCCCAGCCUCGAGCCUAAGCCAGAACCCCUGACCGAGUUCCAGGGGUGGCCGUAAAUGGGAGAAGGAAAACGGUGGCGGAGGGGAUCGAGAAUUCCGUCGCGCUGUGGAAAACGGAGGAAGACAUUUCUCGAUCGGAGAUCCCGCUAAUCGAUCCUGGCUCGACGCUGUGGCCCAACCAGAAGUCAAAGACUGUCACAGGCUUAAUAUUCUAUAUUCCGUAUCUAGCGAUCAUUGCGACGCGUCAUCUGCCGGCGAAACCGGUAUAAACCGACGAUAUGCCGAUCGUUUCCCCGUUUCUCGAACUCUUCCCUCUUCCUUCAUCGUCCGAUUCCUUUUUCGAGAAGAUCGCGCUUGCUUCGAUUCGAUCCUUAUUAAAAUUUCUAGAAAUCUAUUUUUCGAGAGAGAGAGAGAGAGAGAGAGAGAAUUGGAAAGAGAAAACACGGAAUGGAAAAAGUGGGGAUCCGUGUUGUAUUGGGGAGAUGCGGCACGCUAUAUCGCGCGGGGAUAUCGCGUAAAAUGGCGUGAAAGGACCGUGACGUCAGGAAAGCUUGGAUCAAAUCAUCUGUAAAGUGAGAUAGAAUUUGCGAAACGUAUCGGCCACGAUCGAUGCGAUAAAAAAGUUUACGAGCGUAUCAUCCACCCUUGAACCAACCCCGUGGAAAUCGUCCUCGAUUUCGCGAUCUUCUGCCAAACUUUACUCCCAAAUUUAUCAUUUUCGUCUCUUUCAAAAUCCGCAUCCUCCGUAUUCCGUUCUCAACGCUGCUCGUUCUCGAUCGAGAACGAGAGUGUUAAAUUUUCAAAUAACUUUUGCAUUCGUAAAAAAAUGAGAAUAACAAUCACGAAAACGAGGAAACGAUUAGGGAACGAUUGAGCGGAAAAAUAAUCGAGAAUAAUCAUGUUUUAACGUCGUGUUUCGCGGAGACGAGGAAGAGGAUUUUUUCGCGAAUGAGGGGAAGCGAUCGAUCGCAACGAAUAUCGUCAAAUGCGUCUUGGAAAGUACAAUUUCGAAACCUAAAGAUAUAAAAAAAGUACGUAUUAUUAUAAUAUCGACGCGUGGAAUACGAUCGCGCCGAAGAAAAUAAAAAGUGAUAUUAAUCCUAAUGAAGACACUCGGUGCAGUGUAAAAAAAAAAAAAGAA